CUCUGCUUGUCUCUGCUGAUACAGCGGCCUGGGCCAGUGCUCUGGCCCCGUUGGCGUAAAGCUGCUCUUCCGCCGGCGUUGACUCAAUCGCCAAGGAGGAAUUUCCCCGACCUCUGAUGGGCUGCGGCCUUGACGUAGAAGGUGUACAAGAUAGGAAAGUACGGAGUUGUAAUACCGAAGGAGACACAGCUCGUCGUUGGUGUUGCGAUGAAGAGACGAGCGCCCUCGCUGCCCUCGACGACAUUAUUCUAGUCUAUAGCUUGGGCAAUGGGUGAUAAGAAUCAGAUUAUGAUGCGGUCCAGCGGCCGCGGUGGCCGACGUGAUUCAGAAUGGGCGGUUCAGAACGGAUCUUAUUUUGGACACGUGUGGAAUCAUCGGCUGCCACCGGAGCGACGACCUCGAAGUCAUGAACGACGACGACGAGACAUAUAUCCUGCUUUUGCUCUCUGAUAGCAAUCUCCCGACUGGCGCAUUCGUGGCAUCGUCGGGCCUCGAGUCAUACAUGAAGCAUGGCUUCGGAUCCAACGACCCUACGACGUUCAUCCGCGACAGCAUGGCCUCCUAUGCGCGAAGCGCGUUGCCAUUCGUCUCCGAUGCUCAUCGCCUUGUCUCUCUGUACCGCGAGCUCGAUGUACAAGGCAACAGUUCUGAUCAAGCGCUGUCGAAGCUCUUGGCGGAUAUCAUUACUCUCGAAGGGCUUUACGAAACUAUGACCCUCAAUCACGUCGCCAGACGGGCAUCAAAAUCCCAGGGAGUCGCCCUUUUGACGUUGUACUCAAAGGCCCUCUCUCCACCUUCGUCGUUCCCGCUAGAGCCCAACGCUAAGCGGGUCCAUGAACGAAUGUCAGCUUUCUUCACUCAGUUCAAGACGCUGGUCAGACGAGAAGAUACACACGGGCAUCUACCAACGUGCUGGGGAGCAUUGACAGCCGCGCUAGGGCUGACUCUAGAACGGUCCUGCUAUCUUCACCUUUUCCUUCACGCCCGAAGCCUUCUUUCCGCUUCUGUUCGUUUGAAUGACAUUGGUCCAUAUAAUGCUCAGCAAAUCUUACUGCACGCUGUACGCCCAUUGGUAGCAGCUGAAGCCAGCCAGUGCCGUAGUCUGACUACAGGAAUAAUCCCUCAUCUCAUCGAUGACAGUACAUUCGAUGAAACAAUUCAAGGACCAGCAAAUACUUGGCCUCUGGGCGAGAUAUUAGCCGCCAGGCAUGACCUACAGCAUUCACGGAUUUUCAACAGCUAGCUUAACCCAAGCAACAUCACUACCUAGGGGCGAGAAAACGAUGUCCCCUCCGCAGUAUACGGAUAAUCAUUGCCAGAAGCGUCACUUGCGACCCUUGGUCGGCGUGACUGGAACAAAUACUACCUCGUCAUCAGAAUUAAACCCCUCCCCUUGUGAGCUGAUGCUCUUCAAUAGUAGAAUGUCGGGAGAACUGCUUGGCAAAUCCCACACUUCCUCUUCCU